AUGUCUUGUAGCAGCGAUGAUCAGUCCGAUAAGGAGUGUCCACUAUGCAUGGAGCCAUUAGAAAUUGAUGACGUAGAUUUUUAUCCUUGUAAAUGUGAAUAUCAGAUUUGUCGUUUCUGUUGGCAUCGCCUAAGAACGAAUGAAAACGGUUUAUGUCCCGCUUGCCGUCAACCUUAUCCCGAAGAUCCUGUUAAUUUCAAGCCUCUUUCCUCCGCUGAUUUGCAAAGAAUAAAGGACGAGAAAAAGAUGAAACAACAAGCUGAGAAACAACGGAUAUCAGAAUCGAGGAAACAUCUUGCUAAUUAUAGAGUUUUACAAAAGAAUCUUGUUUAUGUUGUUGGUUUAUCAUCUAAAGUUGCUACUGAAGAAACGUUGAAGAAAGUGGAAUAUUUUGGAAGAUAUGGAAGGAUCAUUAAGGUUGUCACAGGAACGUCUGCGUUAAUCGGAAAUCAUAUACAACCAAGUCAUACUGCAUAUGUCACGUAUAGUCGUAUCGAAGAAGCCCUACGAGCAAUUCAGGCUGUUAACAAUGCACAACUUGAUGGUAGAACUGUGAAAGCCUCUCUAGGAACUACCAAAUAUUGUUCUUCAUUCUUACGGAGUCAAACCUGCGGAAAGACGGACUGUAUGUAUCUUCAUGAUAUAGCGGAAGAUGACAUCAGUUUCACAAAAGAAGACAUGCAUCUCGGCAAACAUACUGAAUAUGAGAAGAAGCUAAUCGAUUUGGUAUUGAAUAAACGAAAUCAGCCUCAAGAUAGGAAACCACCCCCAUCUUGGGCAAAUAAUAAUAAAAGCAAUAUAUGUUGGGACCAGAAUGGUAAAGAGUAUCAAGAACAGCAACCGAAUGGAUUUCAAAUAUCUGCGGAUGAUCCGACGCCUUCUGAGGCUGCUGGUCGAACAGAACGACAGAAUUCGCAAAAUAAAGAGAAUCAAUAUGAUUCUGCUGAACCGUCCAACGGCGUUACACGGUUGAAACAAAGUUCCGAUUCUCCCAAACAAACGGCUCAAACGCCUCUUCCAGAGACCAUAAUAGAAACGACAAAAAGAAGUAUAUCUGGGCCUCCAGUUUCUUCGUCGUUCACAUCAUCAACUUUAGCUUCUACAUCUAUUUCUCCAUCUUCAUCUGUAUUACAAAGUACUUCUUCUAUACCUAAUCCUUCAACAGUCCCGUCAUCAAUGAUUCCUGACUCUAAUGAUUUUCUUAGUAAAUCUCCUGUGGAAUUUUUAUUAUCGAACAAAUCUGGUGUUAAUAGGAUGAUAGAUCUUGCUGAGCAUUUCAGCCCUGUGAGGGGAGUGGUACCCGCUCCAGCUCCGAGAGAAGAGGCCCCAGCACCCUUGACUAACUGGCAGAGUUUAUUAGGAUUGGCUCCUACGCCUGAAAUUCCUAGAGAGAGUACUGGAAUGAGAUUAACACCCCCACCUGGUCUGAAUAGUAUGUUCUCUGAUGACGAUUUAGGAUUUGAUCCAUUCAAUGAGUCUACUAAAGGAUUGGCUAAACUUUUAGAAGAAGAAAGAAUAAAACGACCGCACCCCUCUCAACAUUUCCAAGCUAGUCAGCCUUCUUUAAUGUCAAGUAAUUUAUGGGGGAACAGCAGAUCUUCAACUAAUCACUCAAGACAAGGCUUUCCGCUCGAUUUAUUCGGCAGCACUCCAUUCCAGGUAAAUGGCGGGUACAAUGGUUUUCAUCAGCCAUCAUCCAUGCAUCAAUAUCAUGAACAUCACCAACAUUCAAACCAUCACCACCAAUCCGCACAUACACCAUCUCAUCAACCGAACAGUUAUGCUCCACCUCCCGGUUUAUUACCGUCUCGUGCUCAAUCUUUAUAUUCUCAACCACAGAAUAUGACAGAAUGGCAAGAGGGUUUAAAGGCUUUAUUACCAAAUGUAAAUGUUCGGUUUGCGUCUGAUCUCGAGCAGCAAACACAAUCACAAUCUUCACAGUCACAGUCACAAUUACACAGGUGGCAAGCGCAAUUCUCUUCACAUUCACAAGUUUUGCCACAUUCUGUUCCGCCGCCACCCGGGUUCUCGGUACCAAACCGAUAG